CCAUGUGUAUAAUGAGGUUAUCAAGUUGUGGAUUAAUUUUGAUCGUAUCGAUUGUUUUGAGCACCGUGAAAACCGGACAUGGAACCGGUCUGCCAAAAGAAGUGUCUGAAAAGCUCGACAAUUAUUGGCAAAAGUACAAAACGUUGUACAAAAAGAGCUAUUCAACUGCCAAGGAAUCCGUGCGAAGACUCGCUUGGGAAGAGAAUUUGAUAAAAAUCUACGAACAUAACCUCUUAGCAGCCGCUGGUCACCACAGUUACACCUUGCGUGACAACCACUUUGCUGACCUCAGCACACCGGAGUAUAUAUUAAAAAUGGUCAAGCUAGUUCAUAGCAGAAGACGCCGUUUAUCUGAAAACGACGAACUGGUGAGUUCGAUCAGACAAAGCGGACAACAAAUUCCUUCGCGUCUCGAUUGGCGGGAACGAGGAUUCAAAACGCCACCGGAAAACCAAGAGGACUGCGGAAGCUGCUACGCAUAUUCCGUUGUGACGAGCAUCCAGGGUCAAAUAUUUAAGGAAACAGGAAUGUUAAUACCCCUAAGUACGCAGCAAAUUAUCGACUGCAGCACUUCCGUCGGGAACUUGGGUUGUUCCGGCGGUUCCCUCAGGAACACAAUGAAGUACUUGGAGAGAGCCAAGGGUCUCAUGCCAGAUAAAGAUUAUCCAUAUACCGCACAGCAGGGGCAUUGCAAAUUCAUAAGAAACAACAGCGUGGUGAACAUCACAGCCUGGGCGAUACUUCCGGCUCGUGAUGAGCACGCGAUGGAAUACGCGGUGGCAACUAUCGGACCGAUUGCAGUCUCCAUUAACGCGAGUCCGAAAACCUUUCAGCUUUACCAUCAAGGAGUUUACGACGACGAGGGUUGCAGUUCGGACCUGGUGAACCACGCGAUGCUAUUAGUCGGCUACACGCCCACUUAUUGGAUAUUGAAAAACUGGUGGGGCGAUAGUUGGGGCGAAAAUGGAUACAUGAGACUGGUUAGGCAUAAAAACCGUUGCGGAAUAGCAAACUACGCUGCCUACGCCAAAGUAUGAUCAAUGGU